UGUUGCAUUGUUGAUCGCCCGGAGUGAGUCUCCAUUUGCCUGCAACUUCGAGAGCGGGGAGGCUGGUUGAGGAUCGCGGCUAAGAUGGCCGUGAGCUCUGCGCCCCUCUGGCUCCUGGUGCUGCUGGGGGUCUCCCUCCAUGAGAGCUGCAUUGGCGCCUCCUCCCACUCCCUGAAGUAUUUCUACACCACCAUCUGGGACCCCAGUCAGGGACAGCAGCCCCACUUUGUCGCUGUUGGGUACGUGGAUGAUCAGCUCUUCGUUCACUACGACAGCCACAGCCGGAGGAAGCAGCCUCGAGUCUCCUGGAUGGAGAAGGUAGGGAAGGAGGAUCCCCAGUACUGGGACAGAGAGACACAGAUAUCACGUGACUCUGAGGAGAUGAUCAGAGGAAACCUGGAGAAGCUGAGGAGACGCUACAAUCAGAGCGAAGGCCUUCACACAUGGCAGCUGAUGUAUGGCUGUGAGCUCCAGCAAGACAAGAGCAAAAGAGGGUUUGUGCAGUUUGGCUACGAAGGGAGGACCUUCAUCACCUUUGACAAGGAGACCCUCACCUGGGUGGCUCCCGAUCCCCAGGCCCAGAUCACCAAGAGGAAAUGGGACGCUCUUUCACCACAAAAUCAGUACUGGAAGUCCUACCUGGAGGAAAUCUGCCUUGAGUGGCUGGAGAAGUACCUGUCCUAUGGGAAGGAGACGCUGCUGAGGACAGAGACCCCAAAGGUGACAGUGAGCAGCCGUACGGAGGUGGAGGAUGAGAUGGAGACUCAUAUCUGCCGUGUGGAUGGCUUCUACCCCAGGGACAUUGAUGCCUCCUGGAGGAGGGAUGGGGAAGAAUGGCUGGAAGAGACCUUCCAUGGGUUUGUGGCCCCCAACGCGGAUGGGACCUAUCACUACUGGCUCAGCAUCCGGAUCGACCCCAAAGAGAGGAGCCGCUAUCGGUGCCACGUGGAGCACGAUGGCCUGCAGGAGCCUCUGGACUUGGAGCUGAAGGAACCAACCAAUUCAAAAUCCAACCUGGGGCUCAUUAUUGGCUGCGUUGCUCUUGUCCUGGUGUGUACGAUUGCUGGGAUCUGGGUAUUCUUCAAAAAAUGUCAAGAUGACUACAGAGCAGCACCAACAAGUGACAAAGAAUCCAGCAGUUCAGACCAGGGGAGCAACCGGACUAUAUAGCAGCCCCCUUGCAGGGGAGACGCCCAGCAUGAGGAGAGAGGAGAGAAGAUGGGAUCGGCCUCCUUCUGAAUUAGGCCGGACUCCCAGGAGGAGCCCUUCAGGCCCUUCUUGCAUGCUGGAACCUGGAGAGAUUUUGGGGUCUUUCCAAGAAUAAAUCAGAAAAGUUCUGGAAAUGUCAUCAGACACUGGGCUCAUAUUACCACAUGUGGUGGACUUGUAUUGAAGCCAAAAGAUACUGGACUAAAAUUCACAUGUGGUUGGAGAAAAUGAGGAGCAAAAGGAGCAAUAUGGAAUUCCUGGAAGCAUGAAACCUGAAGAUGACGAAUGAGACUUUGUCGAAACGUCGCCAAGACACCUCCAAUUUUACGCGGGAGAAAACCCGAACA